UCCUUUUUUUUUUUUCUCUUUGCUCCUCACCCAAAAAAAAAAAACAAUCUUUCUCCUUUGUUUUUCUUACUUAUCGAUCAAGAUUUUCCUAUUCACAUAAGAUUUUAAAGUAUCACUCAAAGAAACAAUGAUAAGCAAGGAUCCAAGAUCGAGCUUACCACCCGGGUUUCGAUUUCAUCCAACAGAUGAAGAACUCAUUCUCCAUUACCUAAGGAAGAAAGUCUCCUCUUCCCCGGUUCCACUUUCGAUCAUCGCCGAUGUCGAUAUUUACAAAUCCGAUCCAUGGGAUUUACCAGCUAAGGCUCCGUUUGGAGAGAAAGAGUGGUAUUUUUUCAGUCCGAGGGAUAGGAAAUAUCCUAAUGGAGCAAGACCAAACAGAGCAGCUGCGUCUGGCUAUUGGAAAGCAACCGGAACGGAUAAACUAAUCGCGGUAUCAAAUGGUCAAGGGUUUCAUGAAAACAUUGGUAUAAAAAAAGCUCUUGUGUUUUAUAGAGGGAAGCCUCCAAAAGGUGUUAAAACCAACUGGAUCAUGCAUGAGUAUCGUCUUGCCGAAUCUUUAUUCCCCAAAAGAAUCAACUCUUCUAGCAGCCAAGUCAAUAAUUUCGGAGAUAGGAGUUUAAAAUCUAAAGAAUAUUCCAUGAGGCUGGAUGAUUGGGUUCUAUGCCGGAUAUACAAGAAAUCACACGCUUCAGUGUCAUCAUCUGAUGUUGCUUCAGUCACAAGCAAUCAAGAACAAGAGGAAAUUGACAACGAACCAUUAUUCGUAGACCGCGGAACUUUUUUGCAAAACGAACAACAACAACCCCUUAAACGUCAGAAGUCUUCUUUCUCUAACUUACUAGACGCUACAGAUUUUACGUUCCUCACAAAUUUUCUAAACGAAACCCCUGAAAGUCGUACCGAAUCGGACUUUUCUUUCAUGGUCAGUAAUUUUUCUAAUCCUGACAUCUACGGAAACCAUUACUUGGAUCAAAAGUUACCACAGCUGAGCUCUCCUACCUCAGAGACGAGCGGGAUCGGAAACAAAAGAGAGAGACUGGAUUUUGCGGAAGAAACGAUGAACACUUCUAAGAAGAUGAUGAACUACUAUAGUUACAAUAAUAGUAUAGAUCAAUUGGAUCAUAGUAUGAUUCAACAGUCUAGUUUCCUGAAUCAGGAACUCUUGAUGAGUUCUCACAGUCAUUAUCAAGGCCGCUAGAGAGGGUUCUAAUUUGAAAACGUAAUGACGAAUUAGGAACCGUUCGAUAUAUAAACAUGAUUGAAAAAAAAAAAAUCGUAGGAGUCUAUAUGUUUAGAAAUUUACCAAACUAUUGUGGGGGAAAAAAGGAAGUUGAUGUUGAAUUGUUUGAUCAUAUUAUCAAAUACAACCUUGUAUCAAAAAGUACUGAAUUAGUUUGUUAUUUUUUUGCAUUUCGGUUCUUAUCGAACUAUUUUAUUGGCUU